CACCGUUCUGUUACUAUAUAUAUAUACCCGUGGGUACUCCGCUGACAGAGAGUGUACAUGGACGACAGGUAGUUAACCUCAGGGACAGUAUAUAUCGGACACGGUGGUUUAUCAGUCCGGACACGUGUGGACAGAUCACACCUGGUGGAUACAGAUGAUACGCUACCUGUCAGUGACAUAUAUAGCCACCCGAGGUAGGGGUGGAUACAGAUGAUACGCUACCUGUCAGUGACAUAGUCACCCAAGAGAAAGAGUGGCCAGUAUGGGGCUGAGUGCAAGUCGAAAGGAAGAUUACAACAAUCUCUUCCUGUCCAUAUACCGAGGAGACGUCGACGAUAUUCAACAGCACCUCAGCACCGGUCUGGAGAUAAACAAACAAGUAGAUUCUAAAUCUGCCCUGUACAGAGCUGUGGAAAGUGGGCAUAACGACGUGGUCAAACUGCUCAUCGACUGCGGAUGUGACGUCAACAUCGGUAGGACCAACGAAUCUGUUGUUGCCAAUUUACUGCCAAGUUCGCUGUAUGAAAUCGAAAGUCCUCUCCACCUUGCGUGUGAGCUUGGCUUUGUUGACAUAGUACUCGAGUUAUUGGCAUGUGGAGCAGAUGUCAACAGGACCAACUGGUACGGCAUGACAGCUGUCUGGAAAAUGGCAGUCCAGGGUAAACUCGACAUACUGAAUCUUCUCCUACAGCACCCGGAUGUUGACAUCACUGUACCAUCGGGGGACAGCUGUUGUCCUACUAUACAAAGUCAUACCACACCACUGAUCAUGGCGGCAAGGGAAUCACGUACUGAGGUGGCGGCCUUGUUGUGUCAACAUUCUUCAAGUGACGUCAACCUGACGGACAGACAAGGGAGGACCGCUCUACACUACGCCGCAUGUAACGGUAAUGACGAAAUGACGGCGAUUCUGAUACAGGGAGGGGCGAGCAGUAACAGUGUAGACGAGGACGGGAUAACCCCCCUCUACACCGCCUGUAAACACGGCCAUACCGCUGUCGUCCGGAGAAUACUCCUGGCUGGUGCUGAUAAAUCAAUCUCGAUGAGCAGCAGGUCUAACAAUAACGGAUUCUACCCGCUCCAUAUUGCUGUGUUGCAGUGUCACAUUGAUGUGGUACGACUGCUUUGUCACACUAACCCCGCAAUGGUUGAUACGCGAACAGUUACAGGAAAGACACCUCUAAUUUUAGCUUGUCAUAACGGAAGACGGGACAUCGUGUUAUUCUUACUUCGGUGCGGAGCUGAUCCGAACGCCAAUGAUUCCUUUCACCAGACGCCACUACUUUAUGCACUUAGUCAUGGAAUACAGAAGGACACAUUUAAACAUAUCAGUACUGACGAUAAGCAUGGUAAUAUAUAUAAAGAUCAGCUAUCAUUGGAUGGUGAUAGUACCAACAACAAUCCUAGGUACUCUGAUCAUGAAGUUGUUGCUGUUGAUGAGGAUAAUAAUGAAGACGAUUUUUCUAUUUUGGAACAUUUAAUACACUAUGGUGCUAGUGUCAAUACUAUGGACAUCCACCAACAAACAUGCGGGUUCUACAGCAUUACGAAAGGAACACUUCCUCAUUGUGUUGUAAUGAUGAAAUUCGGGGCUGAUAUACACCCUUUUGAUCCUCAUAGCUUCUCAAAGAUGGCUAACUGUGAAAAACUUAAAGCCUUAAUUCAAAUUGAUCUACGAUUUAGAAAUAUUGCCAAAACAAUUUCUGUAGAACAGCUGUUAGAUCCUGCCCUCGAACGUUACCUGGAGCACGAACUGAUGAACCCACCUAGUCUAAAAGUGCAAUGUCGUCAUGCAAUACGCAAGACGUUGUUACGGAAGCAGUUCGGUGCCUUACACAAACAAACUCAGGAACUACCCAUACCAAAAUUGCUCAAAUGGUACAUAUUGCUCAAUGAUAUUUGUUAUCAAUUUGAUGUUCCGUCCAAAUAUACAUGAACAUAUGCAAAGCUGUUUUUAUUUAUUCUUCACAUAUUAUCUCUUACAUUGCCCGUC